UUUUAAUUAAGCUCUUGUUUUAAUGGAUUUACUUUGAUAAGAAAGGGCCAGAGUUUAUAGAGAUGACGGGAACCUAGAUCAACCUUUACCAAACGCUCAAUCGGUCGCUAUUCCAGUUUUGCAGAGGUUGGUGUCGCGCUGUCCAAGAUGAUUCCUCAAAUUGGAUUUACUCCAGGAAAAAGCUGAAACACGUGACGUCAAGAAAUUCUAGAUCCGGCACUAGGAUGAAGUCAGCAUUUGAGAGAAAAAGUAAUGAGACUGCAGCCAGAUCUACACAAAGUAAGGGCAGUUCACAUCUAACUCAAGAAUUGAGCAUGGAUGAUCAGGUUGUUGCUAGUUCCAACACGGAUAAGGUCAGAUGCAUCAACAGAGUAGAUUCUGGAAGAUGCAGAUACAAAAUUUGUACUACAACAGGAAAUGUUAAACUGGUGCCUGACACCAUGAAAGAUAGGACUGGAUACACGCGGUUUCAGUCUUCCUCUCCAGUAUCUCUUACUGAUGGAGGAUAUACUAAUGUCAAAGCGCAUGUAGUUCAGCACCAUUUUCCUUCUCCCAUUCUUUCUUGCGUGGAGAGCCCCCCUCUUGUUGGCCAUGUUUCACAUGUCAAUGUUCCUAAUUCGACAAAGGAUCAUGUGGAAUAUUCAUCUGAGGGUUCUUCAACAUCCAAGGCCAUCCAGGAUGUGCAUAUAUCAGCAAGGUUGAUGGAAGAAUUUAUGGAACUUGCCAGUGCUAAUACAAAAGAAAAUUUAGAGACUUGUGGAAUACUCGGUGCUUUUCUUAAGAAUCAAACGUUCUAUGUGACCACCCUGAUAAUACCUAAGCAAGAAUCAACUUCAAAUUCUUGUCAAGCAAUAAAUGAAGAGGAGAUUCAUGCCAUACAGGACGGACAGUCUCUUUUUCCUGUGGGAUGGAUCCAUACACACCCUUCUCAGACUUGUUUCCUCUCAUCAAUAGAUCUGCACACACAAUAUUCUUACCAGGUCAUGCUUCCAGAGGCAAUUGCUAUUGUUAUGGCCCCAGCAGAUCCUUCAAGGAGUUAUGGGAUCUUUCGUCUAACAGACCCUGGAGGCAUUACGAUCCUAAGAGAGUGUUGUGAGAGUGGGGGCUUCCACCUCCACCCGCAAACUUGUUCUGAUGGUAGUCCCAUUUAUGAGAGCUGCUCCCACGUGUACAUAAAUCCAAAUUUAAGGUUUGAAGUUAUUGAUCUCCGAUCUGCUCCUUCACCAUGAAUGAGUUCCAAAUAUAAAUAUACUAAGUGGAAUGGGGUAUCUGUAUAAAGAAAGAUAACCACCAAUGUUCUAUGCAGCAUAGGUGAUAUUGGGUACAGAAAAAUUAAAAAUAAAAGGUGAAAUAAAAUGUAUAUAAGGAAAUUAACUGUGCAAUGUCAGGUUUCUGAAGAGUACAAUUCCUUUGCUUGCUUGUAUAGACCAAGUUAAUCAGCACAACUGCUCAAACUCUGUACCAAGACCACUGAUCAUUUUGUCAACAAGAUCGAGCUAUUUGUAUGCU